AUGUCGCAAACACCAAAAACGCCCCCGAAGCCUGCCCCAAAGCAGCCAGAAUUCAAGUUUCGUACGAAGCCUGUUGCUGAGAGGUCAAUAUGGGAGUCGUGGGCUGUGCUGCCCGCCAAAACGCGUCUGCGCAUCUCCCUCGCCAUCACGACCGUUGCUGCUAUCGGCAUAUGGGCCUCCGACAAACUAGAGGAAGCCAUCCCUGCGCCCAAGGAUGCGGCCAAAACACCACAGUCGCCCUCCCCAAAUGCUGCUUAA